AUGGCUGCCGAGAUCGACGUCUCUCUAAGUGUUCGCGCUUUCGAGGAGUUGACGUCCAUUAGCUCGUUGGACGACGGCCUUUUGUCGAUAAAGAUGCGACCAAGCUAUAACGUGAUAGGGGGCACCGUAAUAAGACAUUUGACUGGCAGAGGUCUUAUUUUUACGUCAAGUGCGACGAUUCUGCCUUCGAGGAUCCUCCGGACGAAGACUACCGUGUAUUGUGGAACACCUUACUUGGUAGAGUACCCUCCUGAUCAUCCGACUUCUCGCGAGUAUCUAGAGGAAUUCCUGUCGAGCGCCCGUGCCGUCGCGAGACUCGAUCAAGAGCAUUGGGAAAACAUUUCUAGGGAGAGGGUUCGCCAGGAUUGGAAUUCAAGUUACCUUCCCUCGGCUAACAAGGUUAAGAGACGGAUCUCGCUGUUCACCAAAGAAGAGCAGAAGAGGAUCAACGAAGCAAGUAAAAUGAGGGGCCUUCCUGAUCUAAGUGCCAUGAUGGCGACCCAGCUUAGUCUGCCGAGUGAUGAGCCGUCGGUAUCCUCUAAUGAGAUGGUGGUUGCCGAUACGAUCGAGGCGACUCUCCAGCGUCAAGACUCUUCACCCGGCGCCACCGCCGCUGCUUUUAAGAAGAAGAAGAGCAAGAAGAGAUCUCGCGACGAUCCCUCCGUUGGUGAGGAUCUCGAGACUCUUCCAGAGGAAACUGGUCAGACUGAGGCCGCCGAGCCGCCCACGAAGAAGAGAAAGAAAAAGAAGCAGUCGAACACUCAGCAAUCUCCGGAGGAUAACUUUGCGACCCAAGGUGCUAGAGUUGUCGGUUACUCUGCUCGGGCUGGCUCGACUAUCGGGCCAACUCCUAACUUGGCUUUAACAGACGAACCCGGGAAUGUCUCGCUCGAGGUUCCGCUUCAGAAGAAGAGAUCGAAGCAAGUGAGUGAGCAGGAAACGACCAGUCGCCAGGUUCCUUCUGCCUCUGCUCCAAGUGUUUCCAGAGCUUUAUGCUCCAUCGCUCCCCGGGGUGUCGGCUCCCGUCAGAUCAAAUGCGGCCCAAAGCCUCUUCCGCCAGUUGCUGACUUGAUCUUCCAGGACGAGUACGUUGAUGCUGUUCGUACCAAGUUGCUGUGCGAUGGAGUCUCAAACUUCGUCAUCGAGAAAUACGACACGGCGCUGAAGGAAGCGCUUUCAGAGUCGGAGAAUCUGAAGAGGACGAUGGCGUCCAAAGGUAGGCUUCCUCGCCGAAAGAGGGCGGAAUGGCAGGAAAUGGCCGAAAAACGGGAUCGAGCAGUUGCUCGGAGAAAGGCUCAGAAGGAGCGAGCUGACGCAGCUGAGGCGGAGCUUUCCAUCGCUCGCUCUACCAUCGAAGCUUUGGAGCUGCGAAAGGCCAAUCUCCUGGAGGAAAUGGGAGUUAAGGCCGCAGAGCAUAAGAAAGAGUUAGGUCGACUCAGGGACUCACGUAUCCAUGAGGUUACAAAGGAGAGGGUGAGGGUUGAGACCGAGAUGAUGGCGAAAUCCAACAAGCACUUCGGGAAUCUGCGCGACUGGUGGGCUCGUUGCGAGCGAUUCGACACAGCGCGGCUGUUGCAGAGUCAGGCUCGAACCGCCGUCUUUGAGAUCUCUGAUUCCUCGGUUGUUGACCAAGAGGAUGUCCAGGAUGGGGAAUCGAACGAGGAUGAGGAUGACGGAGAGGUCGACAAGGGCCAAGGUGAAGAAGUAGAUGACUCCCAGGUCAACCCUCCUAAGGAUUUACUCGAGGUUCGCGAGGGUGAGACGACUCCUCAUAUUGAGAACGAAGGCGCGGAUUAUUCGAUGAACAUGGCCUCUCCAGGACCAUCUGUCGGUGAUGAAGAUACUGCACGGGAGCUGGCCAAAGAUGAAGAAGAAUGA